CAAAGUCUUGCCACAUCGAUCGUAUGGUUCGUCCUGAACACACAACCUUUUGUUCUGGCGAAAAUUUUAAGUAUUUAUAGGUCUCUGGCUCGUUUUGGAGUCCUAAGUUUAUAGGACUUUAUCUGGCUUGAAAAUGGCAGCGAUCGCAGAGAUCUCUACUUUACAAGAAUGGGACGAAGAAUGGAGGACUGUCGAAGAUGACUUACUAAAAUUUAAGACUGGACAGUUUUUAGAGUAUCAGAAAAAAAUGGAUGAGUUUCAUAAAAGUCAAAAGUCAUGUUUAUCUAUGGUCAACUUAAUGAAAAGAAAGAUCAAUGACUUUGAUAAGGCUCUAAAAAGACUUGAGAAGCAGAAUGAUACUCCAGAAUCCAAAAAGCUGGUAGUAGAGCUACGCUAUAGGAUAGAAUUGCUUGAAAACAAGAUUAAAGAAGUGCAGAGAUCUCUUCCGUCAAGUGCAGGGUCUUUUCUGAGGUUAUGUUUAGGAGACAUCAAUGUUUCUUUAUACAAUAAAAAACUUGAAUACAAAGAUAACUAUGAGAAGUUUAAGCUCAAGAUGACAAUACUUUGUACAGUAUUUGCUUGUUUUAAUCUUGUCUGCAAUUACAGGCUUACAGAUAGUUUAUUUCAUGGGGUACUUGUGUGGUACUACAGUACGCUUACACUACAAGAACACAUUCUAAUUGCAAAUGGGUCAAGGAUAAAGGGCUGGUGGGUGUUGCAUCACUACUUUUCGAUCCUUUUGUCAGGAUUUCUUCUAAUCUGGCCUGACGGGAUAAUUUAUCAGAUGUUUAGAAGACAGUUUUUCCUAUUUUCUUUGUAUCUCAGUUUUGUCCAGUUAAUCCAGUUUAAGUACCAAAGUGGUGUCAUGUACAGAUUAAGAGCUCUGGGAGUUAGCCAUGGAAUGGAUGUCACAGUUGAUGGAUUUCAGACCUGGAUGUGGAGGGGGUUGGGAUUUGUUCUUCCUUUUCUUUUUCUUGGAUAUGUUUUCCAGUUUUACAAUGCCUACACUUUGGUAGCUCUUUACUACCAUCCUGAUUGCCGUGAAUGGCAGGUAAUGGCAACAGGUGUGACCUUUUUUGUUCUAUUUUUUGGAAACUUCACAACUCUUCUCUACGUAUUGAAACAGAAAAUGACAAAGGGCCAGAAGAUGAGAGUCCCAUGUGGUUAAAGGAUUAUCUAGUCUUCCUCAUGUCUUUCUCAUGUGUAAAAAGAUGAAGAGAAGCUAUUUCAACAAUAUUUAGAUUUACUCUUCAUUAGAUGAGAUCAAAUUAAAAAUAAAUUUAAGGUAA